AUGACACACGUGAGGAGAGGAAACGAAAAAUCGAGGACUUAUCAGGUGGCUGUGACUAUCCUAGAGGCCAGACACCUGGUGCAGAAUGCAAAUCCCGUGGUGGUCGUCAAGGUUGGCAACCAGAAGAAAAAAACUGUCGUCCGGGAGAGAACCGAUUGCCCAUACUUCGAUCAUUACUUCGUAUUCGAUUUCACUUGUGAAUUUGAAGUUCUCCUCAGUACCAGAAUAUCGAUAUCGGUGUACCUCAGGAAUUCUCUGCGACAGCUGAAGUUCCACGGGGGCAUUUUCUUUGAAGUGGCGACAGUCUGGGAUCAACCAGGUCACGAAUAUUCCAACAAAUGGGCGAUGUUAACCAACCCGAAGGACUCGACAGGACAAGCAAAGGGCUACGUAAAAUGUAAUAUCUCGGUUAAUGCAAAAGGGGAAAGACUGCGAGCUCAUCCGGAACCUAACGACGAGGAUGACAUCGAGGGGAAUCUUCUCCUCCCAAUCGGCAAUUUUUUAUCGUCCAGGCAAAAAGCUCGUUAUGUCCUGACGGUAUACAGGGCAGAUGGUCUGCCAAGUAGAGAAUCAACGUUUUGCAUUGGGAAUUCAAAAAAACUGGUGAAUCCAUACGUUCAAAUAUCAUUUGCCGGCAUGAAGGGGGAGACUGGCUUUUACAAGUGCACGUAUACUCCACGCUUCAACGAGAGAAUCGCAUUCAGGGAAAUGUUUCCACUGUUAUCCCAUCGUGUGAGAAUUGCCAUAAAAGACAAAGUUCACGGCUGCAGCUCUACAACACUUGCCACUCACGUGCUCAACUUCGCUCGGCUAUCAAAUUCUGGGGAAUACGGAUUUCUACCAACAUACGGUCCCUCAUUCAUCCACCUAUACAGCGAUCCAGGGUGCAGAGACGAUUGCAGUUGCAGCGGCAAGUGCCAAACCGUACGACCGAUUUAUCGAGGAAGAGUGCUUCUUUCCCUCAAGACGGAAAUUGAUGAUCCAGAAAUAUCAGGGAUCACUGGAGUUCAUGUUGAGCCAGCUCCACCGAUUAUGGAGAAGACCCUCUGGGCUGUCGAGGAGUACCUCCUGGUGGGUGUGAUUUACGACGUCUGCAUGAUUGAUCGCUGCAGAUUCCUGAUGAAGUCAGUGAGUUUUGAAAUUAAUUUUGGCAAUGCCGGGAGUCGCACAUUUGCCCACAACAUCGUCAAUACCGAUGGACUGGCGGACGAUGUGAUACUCGAACAGCGAGUGGAUUUUGUGAGCCACACUGAAUCAAGAUUAACGGCCACGACAGAUGGCAAGUUUAAUUACCUACCACUCGGAUCGAGUAAGCCGUGUAUGUACGUAAAAUCCUGGUGGCCAAACUUGGAGUGGAGGGUAUCAAACACUAACAGUCUCGAUUUUAUUGUUCAAUUCUUGGGAGAAUUUCAGGAGAACGAGCUUGCGAAAUUAGAGUGCCUCAUUGCUGUGGAGAACAGCAGAGCAUACGAGGCUUAUAAUGGUGUAAUUGGGUCGUUGAAACGCUACUGCAUGCAGUAUUUGCACAUAUUGGAUGCUGGGAAGUACGAUGAUGGCGGUGGCACCACCAAAUUGGACAGGCAUCGGGUUAAUCUGUGUCGCGAGUGUGUCGAGAGUAUUCUCAGGAUGAUUAGAGUCAAUGGACAGCUUGCCAACAAUAAUUACGUGAGAAUAGCUGUCAUUCACGCUUACAAAUAUCUCCACAAGCUUCGGGAGAUCUCGGAGGACCCCCAGCAUGCAUUCCCGGAUGUUUUCAUCUGGAUGAUUGCCGGUUCGAGGCGCGUAGCUGUGGCGCGUUUAUCCCCUUCUGAGAUUAUUUAUUCCGAGGAUGAGACGUCCCGGGGCUCCAAAUGCGGACAGAGAAUCAAUUUGUUCAUGAAGAAUAGUGGAGAUAGCGAGUUGAGUGACUACAGUGCCUGCAAAAUGGAAAUAUUCCUUUGGUUGGGUAAUGCCAAGUUUUCUGCUGCUUGCUGGAGCUCAAUCCCCUCAGGGUAUGAUGCUGAAUGCAUCACGAGUACUGAGGCAUUUCCGCGUGUCUUCAAGUACAGUGUUGCAUCGAGGUUCCAGCUGCGCUCACACAUCUUUCAAGGACGAUUUGAUCCCGGGAUGGACUCCACUGGGUUGAUGGACCCGUUGAUUCGAGUGGUAUUUCACGGGUACACUGCUACGACAAGAUGUAUCAAGCAGAGCCUUGCACCAGUGUGGGAUGAAACUCUGGUGCUUCCACCCAUUGAAUUGCACGGUUCACCAGAGGAUAUCAAAUGUCGUCCCCCGAAAGUCGUGAUGGAGGCGUUUGACUGGGAUCUGUGUGGCUCGAAGGAGUACUGUGGCAGAUGCAUUGCCACCCCAGUUGUAAAGCUGAAGGAUGAAACAUACUCACUCCCUGAAUUUCCACCGACUCUAACAUGGCACGAGUUGAAGACCCAGAGGGAUUUUCAGGGGAGUGUUCUCGCUGCCUUUGAACUCAUCGAGACUGGAGAUGAUGAGUUGGUGGAUGUGCCGUUGAAUGCGUCCGAGGAGGAGAGGAUUUACAAUUUACCGGACGACGUGAGGCCCUCCAUGAGAAGCCACCGGCUGGAGGUGAUAUUCUGGGGCGUGAGGGACUUCAGGAAGAUCAACUGCAUCAAGGUUAAUAAGCCGAGGAUUGUUCUCGAGUGUGGCGGGGUUUUUGUGAAAUCCGAGGUCAUGGAGAGCGCGAAGAAAUUCAGCAACUUCGAGGAGAAUCACUUUAUGAUUGAUUUGGACUUACCAGAGUUGGAUAUAUACUACCCUCCAAUAACCAUCAAAGUAUUCGAUUCCCGUGGAUUCGGAUGUUUCAAAUACGUCGGUGUACACAUAAUUCCCACAGCUCAUAAAUUCCUGAGAAAAAUGAUUGCCCUCGAGGAUUACACCUCGCAGAUCUACGGCGAGUACAAUUCAUCAUCGAAGAGGAAGAAUGCCACAGUAGUUUUUCCCCUGCCAAUCGAUUACGACACCGAGAGAGACGAAAAGAAAGGUUUGAUAAGUUAUAAGAGGAUUGCCAGGGACAAGAAUCACUCGGGAAUGAUGAAACUCCUGACCAAGCUCAAGCCACUUGUAACCAAUCGUAAAAGAAACGACAAAACCGAAGAGGCGAAUUAUGGAAAUGACGAGGACGAGAGCCACGACUGGUGGAGCAAAUAUUUCGCUUCUCUCGAGGGUAAUUUAAUCCUUGCACCUUAUUUUUACCUCUUGAAGGAGGAAAAGUGCAGGGAAUUGGGAAUUAAGAAGAUCCUGCUGGGCCGCCAACGGCCAAUAGCCACGUUCAAGAUAUACCCAACGGAGCUGGAGUUGCAGCCGGAAUUUCAGGGUUUCCAGGACAGACUGAUGACAUUCGAAUUAUCGCGCGGGAAAAGGACCGGAGAUCCGGAUUACGACGAGAAAAAUUACUCGGGAAAAUUCAAGGGUCAAAUAGCGAUAUAUCCUUGGCCGCAUCCGGACAAACUCAUCUGCAGAACAAUAAGUGGAUAUGACGCAUCUGACGGCCUCUUGGCAGAUUAUCCAUCCCAAGCCCCCCUCAAGCUACUCGUCCGUCUCUACGUCGUAAAAGCCAUCAAUCUUCACCCCAAUGACCCACUCACUGGCAAGUCCGAUCCAUAUCUUCGAAUUAGAUUGGGGAAGAGGGAUAUCAAUGACAAGAAAAAUUACAUCCCUAAUCAGCUUAAUCCGGUGUUUGGCAAAUGCUUUGAAAUUGAUGCGCUAUUCCCGAAGGACCACACAUUGACGAUUCAAGUGUGGGACUACGAUGCCACCAGCUCCGACGAUCUAAUUGGGGAGACCCGGAUCGAUAUUGAAAAUCGAUAUUACAGCGGCCAUCGGGCCCAUUGUGGAAUAUCUAGGGUAUGGAGCAAAUCGGGUUACAAUGCCUGGCGUGAUCGUGAAAGACCGACACAGAUACUUGAGAUGCUGUGCCGGAGGAACAAUCUACCCUUGCCGGAAUUCAAGGAUGAUGUCAGUAUUGGAAAACAGAAAUUUACACUCAGUGCGAAACUUAAGGCGCUGGACGAGUCAGAGAGAAACGAGUGUAUGGCCCUGAAUGUCCUCCAUCAGUGGCAGGAUUUUCCCGUCUGUGGAAUGGCCCUCGUGCCAGAGCACGUAGAACGAAGACCACUCUUCAACGCUAGAAGACCGGGACUCGAACAGGGUAAAUUGGAACUCUGGGUGGACAUGUUUCAUGUCGAUGACCUUCCACCAAAGCCACCCGUUGAUAUUACACCCCAAUCCCCGGAGGUAUACGAAUUGCGUGUGAUUGUAUGGAAUACCGAGGAUGUACCUCUCGUCGACAAUCAAUUUUUAACCGGCGAAAAGUGCUCUGACAUUUACGUGAAAGGGUGGAUCUUGUACGAGGAUAACCAGAAAACCGAUGUUCAUUAUAAUUCUCUCAAUGGCGAAGGCAAUUUCAACUGGAGAUUUAUCUUUCGCUUCACUUAUUCACGCCCGGAAAACCUCAUGAUUGUGAGGAAGAGAAGUUCGGUGUUGGUCCGGGAUGCUACCGAGCAAAAACUCCCCUGCAAACUGAGUAUACAGGUCUGGGACAGCGAUCAUCUCUCACGCGAUGACUUUUUAGGUGCUUUAACAUUGGACCUAUCUCGAAUGGCUCGUGGGAGUAAUAGUUCGAAGAGCUGCAGCUUAAAGGUCACCGAUACGAAAUCACCAACGGUGAAUCUAUUUAAAGUUACGAGAAUGAGAGCUUGGUGGCCGUUGAGUUGUACGACGUCUGACGGCGAUUACAUUCAAGCGGGAAAAGUGGAAAUGGAAAUGACUGUAGUUCCAGCAACGGAGGCUGACAAGAAUCCAGUGGGUAGAGGAAGAGAACCACCGGAUCCACUUCCGCCACCAGACCGUCCCGACACUUCAUUCUCUUGGUUUCGUAAUCCCUGGAAAGCUUGUUGUUUCGUUGUCUGUCGGCAUUACAGAGGGCGUAUGGUCCUCUUCUCCUCCAUCUUCUUCAUCCUCAUGCUAUUACUCUGCGCUAUUUACGCAUUCCCUGGGUAUAUGGUAAAGAAGUUACUAGCUGUGUAAUUUAAUCUGAGAAAAGGAAUUUUCGUGAA